CACGGGUGCGAUGCAGCACGGUGAUGACGGUUAAAGCGGGUAAAGGUCCAUCACGGAGUGUCGGUGACGGUUAUAGCAGCGAGAGACGAGCGAGAUGAUUCUCUUCAGAGCGGGCUCGAUCCUCGGCUUCCUGAUUCUGGUGAGCGGUUUCCGGGAGUACGGCAGGAGGGACCUGAUCGGCCUGCGGGAGGAGGUACGGGCCAUGUUCGAUUACGCCUACUCGAGCUACCUGACGCACGCCUAUCCGUACGACGAGCUGCGCUCGCUGAGCUGCGACGGCUUCGACACGUGGGGCAGCUUCUCCCUGACCCUGAUCGACGCCCUCGACACGCUCGCGGUCAUGGGCAACUUCUCCGAGUUCCGCCGCGUCGCCGAGCUCAUCGGCACGCGUGCGAACUUCGAGGCCAACAUCAACGUGUCGGUGUUCGAGACGAACAUCCGGGUGGUCGGCGGCCUUCUGAGCGCACAUCUGCUGUCGCGCCGGGCUGGCGUCAAGCUGGAGCCCGGCUGGCCGUGCAACGGCCCGCUGCUGCGCCUCGCCGAGGACAUGGCCAAGCGGCUGCUCGCCGCGUUCGACACGCCCACGGGGAUGCCGUACGGCACGGUGAAUCUCAAGUACGGCGUGCCGGAGGGCGAGACCAGCAUCACGUGCACCGCCGGCAUCGGCACCUUCCUCCUGGAGUUCGGCACCCUCUCCCGUCUGACCGGCGACCCGCUGUACGAGGAGGUGGCCAUGAACGCGAUAAAGGCGUUGCACUACUACAAAUCCAGCAUCGGCCUAGUCGGCAAUCAUAUUGACGUCCUGACCGGCCACUGGACCGCACAGGAUUCCGGCAUAGGCGCCGGGGUGGACUCCUACUUCGAGUAUCUGGCGAAGGGUACGCUGCUGUUUCAGGAUCCCCUGCUGGCCUCGAUAUUCCAAGAGCACAAGCGGGCCAUAGAGAAGUACAUACGCCGAGAGGACUGGCAUCUGUGGGUCUCCAUGACCAAGGGUCAAGUGACUCUGCCGGUCUUUCAGUCGCUGGACGCGUACUGGCCCGGCGUGUUGAGCCUCUUCGGCGAGAUCGGCGACGCGAUGAGGUCCCUGCACAAUUACCACCGCGUGUGGAAGCAAUUCGGAUUCACCCCGGAAUUCUACAAUAUACCGCAGGCCGAGGCGGGGACCAACCGGGAGGGCUAUCCGUUGAGGCCGGAGCUCAUAGAGUCCGUCAUGUAUCUUUACAGGGCGACCAGGGACCCGUAUCUGAUCCAUGUCGGCGUGGACAUCCUGAGGAGUCUGCAGCACAGCGCGAGGACCACGUGCGGCUACGCGACCAUCAACGACGUCCGGGACCAUCGUAAGGCGGACCGUAUGGAGUCCUUCUUCCUCGCGGAGACCACCAAGUACCUGUACCUCCUCUUCGACACCGACAACUUUAUCCACAACACCGGCUCCGAGGGCGAGAUAAUAAACACCCAGUGGGGCCAGUGCGUGGUGGACGCCGGCGGUUAUAUCUUCAACACCGAGGCCCACCCGAUCGACCCCGGUGCUCUCUAUUGCUGCCGGCCGGCGCAGGAGAUCUUCCCGGACAAGCGGCCGAUCCUGAGGCGAUUCCUCCCGACGCAGCGCCAGGAUCCGGCGGAUAACGCCUCGCCGAACGAGCUUCACCCCGAGACGGACGCCACCGGCAAGAGUCCGGACGUGCUGCCGAUCGCGAUAGCGAAACUGUCCGAGAUCAGGCACUCCUCCGCGAGCGGGAAAACGGACGUUUUCAACGAGAGCGCCUCGUCGCCGAACGCCUCGUCGACGGAGCCGCCGCCGUCGACGGAUUCCGCCGGCCGCUACGAAAACAAGGAGGCGCAAGUCGAGGAAGAGGAAGAGGAGGAGGAGGAGGAAGAGGAAGCGGAGAAGUCGAAUCGGAGCGCGAGCCCGAGCGUACGGUUGCCGACGGCGCAGGUCCUCGCGCCCUCGUCGACCAUCUACAAGGCCGACGACAGCGACGGGUCCGACGGCUCCGAUGGUUUCGAGUCCCCGGUACUGUCGAACGGACAGUACCCCGCUGCCGGGCUCGCGACGGAUGGCGUCGCCGCGCGACGGAACGCCACCCUGAGUUCCGCCCGGGCCAGAUUCGAGCCGCAGAUCAUGCUGGAGAACAUCAGACGCGGGAAUCUCUAUCCGACCAAUGUCACGGCGAGGCAGAACUAUCAGAUGUUGUCCUGUCAAGCUCAACCAUUCCUACAACGAAUGUCGAUCAUAGGGGAAUUUUUUUAAGAGUAAGAUAACCCGGGGGGGAGGGGGGGAAAGACCGAGGAAUCUAAUGCGAGUCCAUUACGGUGACUCGUAAAAGUAUUUUUGAUUCGCGCGUCUUUGUUGCGAGAAUGGAAUCGCGGGCCUGUGUGUCUCGCGUACGUUGUACAUUUAGGAUAUAUUCCUGUGAUAUAAUUGUUGUAUAGUUUCUAAUAAAUGUAAGACAAUUGCAA